AUGGGUUGCCUGAACCACUUGUAUGAAAGUGUGGAGAAUCUUGAGGAGGAACAACUGCAAAAUGUGAAGGGCAAGGAGCUGCUGCUUCACCCUCAAAGUGCAGCUGAAUUGUACUGCAGGAACCUGAAACUAAAUCUUGUUAAUAGUAAUUUUAAUGAGUACUAUAUUUGUGGCAAUCCAGGGUGCCCUUUGAGUACUUAUCAAACUGCUCCUUGCCAUUGUGGGAGCACCACGAGUUAUGGAGUAAAAGUAUCAAAUCCUACCACUGCUUCUCAAGAUGGAGCAAUUUUUGCUAGGCCUGCAGCACGCUUUAUGAUAACUGAUGACUUUCGAGUGGCACCCAUGUCAAGUAUGGCUGGCUUAAACCCGCUUAGUGAGCUUAAAGCCACGCAUGGACACACAAUAGAAGAAAGGACUAUUAACAUAGGAAGGGAAGAGGCUCCUUUCUCUGUGACCAUCUUGGAAUCAACUGUCGAUAGAAGUAUUUACUGCAGAAAAUUUGGUCCGAGAAGCACCAGUCAAUCUCAAGGGGCUUUGGACUCAACAAAGAAGGAUACAAAGAUAACUUUGAAGCUUAUUGUCGACAUAUAUAACAACAGGGUUUUGUAUGCAGAAGCAAAGGAAGGUUUUGUUGAUCUCAUCUGCAGUUUUCUUAUAUUUCCGCUUGGCUAUAUUUUUAAGGAAUUCCCAUGUUUGGCUCUAAGAGGAUGCUUGGAUAACUUGUACAAGAGCAUUCAAGAUUUUGAUGUUGAAGAAUCCUUAAUAUCCAACGAGAUGAAGGCCAUUUUAGUUGAUCCAAAGCUUGCCCCAGGUCUUGCUUGUAACAGUCAGUUCAUUCCCGUCGAGGAACCUUCAUAUCCAUCACUGUCAUAUGUUUCUUCCCUUUAUACCAUGAAACACAUGAAGCCCACUUCAGGGGAAGCUAUAAUUGGAAAAGGAUUCAUAAAAGGACCUUCCUUGUUCAUGGUGACAGAUAAUCUUACCGCUUUGUGUCUAUUGAAGGCUGCUUUGUUAUCUGAAUCUGCUCUAACUGAUGCUUUCGUGAUUAAGGAGACAACGCAAAAUUAUAUACUUCAGUAA